UCAUCUGGGCUGCCAACAUGCCAUCCAGACUGAGGAAGACCCGGAAACUUCGGGGCCACGUGAGCCACGGCCACGGCCGCAUAGGCAAGCACCGGAAGCACCGCGGCGGCGGCGGUAAUGCUGGUGGUCUGCAUCACCACCGGAUCAACUUCGACAAAUACCACCCAGGCUACUUUGGGAAAGUUGGUAUGAAGCAUUACCGCUUAAAGAGGAACCAGAGCUUCUGCCCAACUGUCAACUUUGACAAAUUGUGGACUUUGAUCAGUGAACAGACACGGGUGAAUGCUGCUAAAAACAAGACUGGGGCUGCUCCCAUCGUUGAUGUGGUGCGAUCGGGCUACUACAAAGUUCUGGGAAAGGGAAAGCUCCCAAAGCAGCCUGUCAUCGUGAAGGCCAAAUUCUUCAGCAGAAGAGCUGAGGAGAAGAUUAAGAGUGUUGGGGGGGCCUGUGUCCUGGUGGCUUUAAGCCACAUGGAGGGAGUUUCAUUAAAUGACCUAGGGCUCUACAGUCAGCAUGUGGUGAAUGAAGCCAGUCAGGCUUGGGUCCUCCUCUUCAGGGUGGUAAACUCCCCCUGGUCCUGGGUAGAUCCAGAUAUGCUGUGCAGGAGUCAGGGCCUGGCGUUGGAAACCUUUGGAGUCUACCUGCUAUUCUAUUCUAUUGUGGCUGAUGUGGCAAUGAAACCACAGAAGGAGCUCCUUCCCAAUUUUCUAUAUCCUUUCCACAAGAAGAGACCACCACCAUCCCAGGCCUGUGGCAAAUACUGCCCAGAGAUGACCGAUGUUCCCCCAUGGCCCAAGGGCUCUUCGGUCAUCUUGUGGCGAAUGCUGCCAGACCUGGGACUCUCCCUUCAGGGCAGUGGGCUCCCGUCUGGCCCACGGUAG